GCAUUCGCCACCUGAAGGUCCCCUCGGUAAAGCCGGAGCAGGGCGAACAGGCGGGCUGGCGGUGCCCUGACGCUUAUUUUCUGUGCCCCUUCGCGUGUCUCCUCAGUGAGCCUACAGCCCGCGAUAAAAGCAUGUGACUGAUGAGAGAGCGCCGAGCGAGCGAGCGAGCCAGUGAGCGUGUGCUGUGUGAGCUGCCAGUCACCUCGGCGCGCCGGACCCGCGCUUUUCCUUCUCUCUCUCUCUCUAUCUCUCUAUCUAUCUCCAGCAUCAGCUCUCCCGCUCCUUAGGAUGGUGCUAUACGGUGCUACGAAGUGCCUCCUCGGGUGGCUCGCUGUAUCAAGCAUGGUGGCGAAUGAAGUGGAUGGUCAAGCGGCUGGACACUAUGGCAAUGGAAGAAGGAAGCAAGACGAACUGAUGAAACCGCCGGCGGAUGGAGUGAGGAGAAGAAGACCGCAGGAUGUGCUUCGAGGACCAAAUGUUUGUGGAUCUCGCUUUCAUUCUUACUGCUGCCCUGGCUGGAAAACAUUACCUGGAGGAAACCAGUGCAUUUUGCCCAUUUGCCGAAACAGUUGUGGAGAUGGAUUUUGCUCGCGUCCGAACAUGUGCACUUGCCCUAAUGGAAAAAUAUCUCCAACAUGUGGAACAAAAUCUACACAGCAAUGCAACAUAAGGUGCAUGAAUGGGGGUAUCUGCUCUGAGGAACAGUGCAAGUGCCAGAAAGGAUAUACUGGAACAUACUGUAGCCAGCCUAUCUGUGACAAUGACUGCCAGAAUGGAGGCCGCUGUGUUGGACCAAAUCGCUGUGCUUGUGUUUAUGGUUUUACUGGUCCCCAGUGUGAAAGAGAUUACAGAACUGGGCCAUGCUUUACUUACAUCAACAACGAGAUGUGCCAGGGUCAGCUAACUGCUGUAAUCUGCACCAAGACUCUCUGCUGUGCUACGGUUGGACGAGCAUGGGGUCACCCUUGUGAGAUUUGUGCACCACAGCCACAGCCCUGUAGACGUGGCUUCUUAGCCAAUAUUCGAACAGGAGCCUGUCAAGAUGUUAAUGAGUGCCAGGCUAUUUCAGGUAUUUGCCUAGGUGGAAACUGUCUCAAUACAAUUGGGUCCUAUGAGUGCAAGUGUUCUGCUGGCUACAGGCAGGAUGAAGCAACUCAAAAAUGUGAAGAUGUAGAUGAAUGUGAUGCUCUCCCUGAUAUAUGCAAUGGAGGACAAUGUGUCAAUACCAUGGGAAGUUAUUUCUGCAACUGCCCAGAGGGUUAUGUAACUUCAAUGGACAGUAUUCACUGUGUUGAUCAGAGAAUGGGGAGGUGCUACACCAGUCUGUUGAAUACCCACUGUUCUCAGGAGCAUCCAAUUCCCCUUACAAAAACCCAGUGCUGCUGUGAGACUGGGAGUUGUUGGUCCUCAGGACUCGAGCCAGAGAAGUGUCCUGUCCAAGGUUCAGAAGCGCACCAUUUAAUGUGCACAGAAAGCCUACCUGAAUUCAUUUCAGAAUUCAAACGUGUUUUGCCAGAUGGACCAGGUGACGUAGAGUCAGAUUCAAGACAUCCUUUAAGUGGUGGCAAUGGUCCUGGUCCAGCAGUCGUGGGUGAGCACUCCAUAUCUUAUACAUUUUUGGUAUAUUUGUGUGUGUAUGCAGGAAUUUUGCCUAACUCAAAUUUGGAAUCUCUUUCAGUAGCUCUCAACCAAAGCACUAAUCCUUGCCAUCAGUUCAGCAAUAUGUGUGUAAAUGGCCAUUGUGUUCCCCUUGCAUCAAGCUUCCGAUGUGUAUGCAGUGAGGGUUUCCAGGCAGAUCCACAAGGUGAAUGUUUAGAUAUUGAUGAAUGCAGCUGUAGCCCUUGCUCAAAUGCAGAUUGUGUAAAUACUCCCAGCUCAUACUACUGCAGGUGUCAUACAGGUUUCCAGCACUCCCCCAUCAGGCAGACCUGCACAGAUAUUGAUGAGUGCCUGCAGAAUGGAAUCCUCUGCAGAAAUGGCCGCUGUGUUAAUACAGAAGGCAGUUUCCAGUGCAUUUGCAAUGUAGGCUUUUAUCUAAGUUCAGAUGGCAUGAGUUGUGUGGAUCAAGAUGAGUGUGUUAACAGGAACAUGUGCCUCAAUGGAAUGUGCAUCAAUGAAGAAGGAAGCUUCAGGUGCAUCUGCAAGCCAGGCUUUUCCCUGGCCUCCAAUGGUCACUAUUGCCUGGAUAUCGAUGAAUGCCAGACAGCAGGAAUAUGCAUGAAUGGCCGCUGCAUUAACUUGGAAGGCUCAUUCAGAUGCCAGUGUCUUGCAGGCCUUGCUGUUGGAGUGGAUGGAAGGUUUUGUCUUGACACUCACAUAAAGAGUACUUGUUAUGGAGCCAUCCAGAAAGGUGUUUGCGUGAAUCCAUUUCUUGGGACCUUCACCAAAUCUGAAUGCUGUUGUGCAAAUGUGGAUUACAACUUUGGAGAGCCGUGCCGACCCUGCCCACCCAUGAACUCAGCUGAGUUUCAAGCACUGUGUAUCAGCGGACCUGGAUUCUCAGUGGAAGGAAAAGAUAUUAAUGAGUGUGCUUUGAAUCCUGAUGUUUGCUCCAAUGGAAUAUGUGAAAAUCUGCGUGGAAGCUACAGGUGUACCUGCAAUAUUGGCUAUGAAUCUGAUGCCACUGGCAAGAUGUGCAUUGACAUUGAUGAGUGUGUAGUGAACAGGAGACAGUGUGAAAAUGGCUUAUGCCAGAACAAUCCUGGAAGUUUUACCUGUACCUGCCCCAAAGGUUACUUCUUCCAGCCAGAAUUCGAUACAUGUGAAGAUAUCAAUGAGUGCACUAGCAACCCCUGUGUUAAUGGAAUCUGCAGAAACAAUGGUGGUUCUUUCACUUGUGAGUGCUCCACAGGAACCAAGCUUGGCUUGACUGGCUUGGUCUGUAUAGACAGUUUGAGAGGAAAUUGCUGGCUGAACAUUCAAGAUGGUCGCUGUGAGGUGAACAUUAAUGGAGCCACCAUCAAAUCAGAGUGUUGUGCUACAUUAGGAGUGGCAUGGGGUAGCCCCUGUAUUCCUUGUGAGAUAGAUUCAGCAUGCCCAAGAGGAUUUGCCCGAGUCAGAGGUGUAGCAUGUGAAGAUGUCAAUGAGUGUCAGGUUUUUCCAGGCAUUUGCCCAAAUGGCCAUUGUGUCAACACCAAAGGUUCAUUUCUAUGCCAGUGCCUUGAAGGUCUCACCUUAGAUGCCACAGGCAGGCUGUGUAUGGACAUACGGCUAGAGCAGUGCUACCUGACCUACAAUGAGGGUGAAUGCUCCAAGCCCAUGUUGGGCAGAUUCCAAAGAGAUGCCUGCUGCUGCUCAGUUGGAGCUGCCUGGGGUGUGUACUGUGAGGAGUGUCCAAACCCAGGCAGUGGUAACUUUGACAGCCUUUGCCCACGUGGUCUGGGGUUUGCCAACAGAGGAGAAAUCACAAACAGACCAUUUUACAAAGAUAUUAAUGAAUGCAAAACUUUUCCCAGUAUUUGCACUCACGGCAAAUGUCGCAACACUAUUGGCAGCUUCAGGUGUUACUGUGACAGUGGAUUUGCCAUUGAUGCAGAAGAACGAAACUGCACAGACAUUGACGAGUGUCAAAUCUCUCCAGACCUUUGUGGGAAUGGCAUCUGUGUAAACACUGCAGGAACUUUUGACUGUGAGUGUUUCCCUGGAUUUGAAAGUGGAUUCAUGAUGAUGAAAAAUUGCAUUGACAUCAAUGAAUGUGAGAGGAAUCCUCUUCUUUGCCAAGGAGGCACCUGCAAAAACACAGAUGGCAGCUACAUAUGUCUUUGUCCUACUGGAUAUCAACUGUCUCUUGCAGGAGAUGCUUGCAUCGAUAUCAAUGAGUGUGACCUAAGUGAUAGCCUGUGCAGGAAUGGAAAAUGUGUGAACAUUAUGGGCACUUAUCAGUGCUUAUGUGCUCCCGGAUAUCAAGUUACCCCUGAGCGACAGUCCUGUGUUGAUAUUGAUGAGUGCUCCAUUGGAAAUGGGGAAUGUGAAGCCAACUGUAGCAAUUCAGAAGGCAGCUAUAAGUGCAGUUGCAAUGAAGGUUACACUCUGCUUCCAGAUGAAAGAAAUUGUGCAGACAUUGAUGAAUGUGAGGACAACAUAGAUAUUUGUGAUGGAGGACAGUGCACAAAUAUUCGUGGUGAAUAUCGUUGCCUCUGCUUUGAUGGUUUUAUGGCAUCCAUGGAUAUGAAGACCUGUGUCGAUGUUAAUGAAUGUGAUUUAAAUGCCAACAUUUGCAUGUUUGGGGAGUGUGAGAACACCAAAGGUUCAUUCACCUGCCAUUGCCAGCUGGGCUAUUCUGUCAAGAAAGGAGCAACAGGCUGUACAGAUAUUGAUGAGUGUGGAAUUGAAGCUCAUAAUUGUGACAUUCAAGCUUCAUGCAUUAACAUGCCUGGCAGUUUCAGCUGCAGUUGUCAAGAAGGCUGGGUGGGCACUGGAGUCAAGUGUACAGACCUUAAUGAAUGUGCAAAUGGGAGUCACCUGUGUAGCUCCAAUGCCCAGUGUCUGAACACACCAGGAUCAUACCAUUGCACCUGUUCUGAGGGAUUCACAGGGGAUGGAUACACAUGUUCAGAUAUGGAUGAGUGUAUGGAGAAUAGUAACCUCUGUGAAAAUGGCAGGUGUCUGAAUACACCUGGGCUGUACCAUUGUGAGUGUGAUAUGGGCUUCUCGCCUGCCACUGACAGGAGAUCUUGCCAAGAUAUCAAUGAAUGCUUAUUCCAAAAUAUUUGUGUAUUUGGCAUAUGCAAAAAUCUCCCAGGCAUGUUCAGGUGCAUUUGCAAUGAUGGUUAUGAACUUGAUCGGACAGGAGGUAACUGCACAGAUAUAGAUGAAUGUACAGAUCCAAUCAAUUGUGUUAAUGGAAUAUGUGUAAACAGUCCUGGAGGAUAUCAGUGUAACUGUCCGCCUGAAUUUGAGCUAAUCCCAACUGGAGUUGGUUGUGUGGACAUUCGAUUUGGUUACUGUUACUUGGACUUUGAAUACAGUGAAGAUGGUAGUCUGUCUUGCAGCAGACAAAUAGGGUUUGCUGUUACUCGUUCCUCUUGCUGCUGCUCACAAGGAAAAACCUGGGGAAAUCCCUGUGAACUCUGUCCACGUAUCAAUACAACUGAAUACAAAACAUUGUGUCCAGGAGGUGAAGGCUUUAAACCUAACCCUAUUACCAUUAUCCUGGAAGAUAUUGAUGAAUGUGAGGAGCUGCCAGGACUAUGCCAGGGUGGAAGCUGUUUGAAUACAUUUGGCAGUUUCAUGUGUCAGUGCCCAGCAGGAUACUAUCUUAGUGAAGAAAGUCAUAUUUGUGAAGAUGUUGAUGAGUGUGUUGCUUACAGUAACAUUUGUGGCCCUGGCACAUGCUACAAUACAUUGGGCAAUUACACCUGCAUAUGUCCUCCCGAGUACAUGCCUAUCAAUGGAGGAAACAGUUGCUUGGAUAUGAGAAAAAGUCUAUGCUACCGAAACUACAAUGGAACAUCUUGCGAGAAUGACCUGCCUUUCAGUCUCACAAAGCAACUGUGCUGCUGUUCUUAUAAUAUAGGAAAAUCCUGGAAUAAGAAUUGUGAAGCUUGUCCAAUUCCUGGGUCAUCUGAAUAUCGUGUGCUGUGUGGUAAUGUUGUGCCUGGAUUUACUUUUCACAUCCAUACUGGUAAAGCAAUGGACAUUAAUGAGUGUCAGGAAAUUCCUGGGAUUUGCAUGAAUGGUGUCUGCAUUAACAUGAUUGGCAGCUUCCGCUGUGAAUGUCCAACUGGUUUCAGCUACAAUGACCUGAUCUUAGGUUGCGAAGAUAUAGAUGAGUGCAGCAAUAGAGGUAUCUGCCAACAGCAUGCAGAUUGUAUCAACAGUCCAGGCAGUUAUCGCUGUGAAUGUUCAUCUGGGUUUAAACUUUCACCUAUAGGAUCAUGUAUAGAUUAUAAUGAGUGCCUUGAAAUUCCAAACAUCUGCAGUCAUGGCGAAUGUGUUGACUUGCUGGGGAGCUAUCAUUGCGUUUGUCAUUCUGGCUUCAAGGCUACUCCAGAUCAGAAAAUGUGUAUUGAUACAGAUGAAUGUGAGAGGCAGCCAUGUGGAAAUGGAACUUGUAAGAACACCAUAGGUUUUUAUAACUGCCUGUGCCACCCUGGCUUUGAGCUGACCCUCAGCAAUGACUGCACUGAUAUCGAUGAAUGCAGAACCUUAUUGGGACAUGUGUGUCGACAUGGGCAGUGUAUUAACAGUGUUGGCUCUUUCCACUGUUUGUGUGAAGAUGGAUACGAACUUACACCAGAGGGAAGGAACUGCAUUGAUAUGAAUGAAUGUGUUUUAUUUCCUGGAACUUGCUUUCCUGGGACAUGCCAGAAUCUUGAUGGAACUUUCCAAUGCAUUUGUCCUCGGGGAUAUGAAGUUCAAAAUGAAAACUGUAUUGACAUUAAUGAGUGUGAAGAAGACCCUUAUAUUUGCCUAUUUGGAACUUGUGUAAAUAAUCCGGGAAGUUUCCAAUGCAUCUGUCAGCCUGGCUUUGUCUUAUCAGAAAAUGGAAGAACCUGUUUUGAUAAACGAGAAAAGUUUUGUUUCACGAAGUUUGAGAAUGGAAGGUGUUCUGUGCCUAUAGCAUUUAACACCACAAAAGCCAAAUGCUGCUGCAGUAACAUACCAAGGGAAGGCUGGGGAGAUCCCUGUGAACUCUGCCCUCAGGAAGGACAAGAAGCUUUCCAAAUACUUUGUCCUUUUGGUUUUGGUACCAUUGAAGAUAUUAGUGGCACACGAGAAGAUGUAAAUGAAUGUGUGGAAAACCCUGGCAUCUGCUUAAAUGGCCACUGCAUCAACAUGGAUGGCUCUUUCCGUUGUGAAUGCCCAGUGGGUUAUGGCUUGGAUGUCAGUGGCAUCAGCUGUGUGGAUCUAGAUGAGUGUUCAGUUGGAAAUCCUUGUGGAAAUGGGACCUGUUCAAAUGUGUUGGGUGGAUUUGAGUGCAACUGUAAUGAUGGCUUUGAGCCUGGUCCUAUGAUGACUUGUGAGGAUAUUAAUGAAUGUACUGACAAUCCCUUAUUGUGUGCCUUCCGAUGCAUCAAUACCUAUGGAAGCUACGAGUGUAUCUGCCCUGUAGGUUAUAUCCUGCGUGAGGACAGGAAGAUGUGCAGAGAUCUGGAUGAAUGCACAGAGGGAUUUCACAACUGUGAAUAUAGAGGCAUGAUUUGUAAGAACCUGAUUGGAACUUUUCUGUGUGUUUGCCCACCUGGAAUGAUCAACAGUCUAGAUGGAGAAAGAUGCCAAGAUGAGAAUGAAUGUUACACAAAACCUGGAGUUUGCGAAAAUGGUCGCUGCCUGAAUACACAUGGCAGCUAUGCAUGUGACUGCAAUGAGGGCUUUAAAUUAGCAGCAACUGGCACAAAUUGCAUUGACCACAGACAAGGGUUUUGCUUCACUGAAGUAUUGCAGACCAUGUGCCAGAUGUCUUUCAGCAGUCGAAAUUUGUCUAUAAAAUCUGAAUGUUGCUGCAGUGGUGGGAAAGGCUGGGGAAACCAAUGUGAACUCUGCCCACUGCUUGGAACAGGGCAUUAUAAGAAGCUAUGUCCUCAUGGUCCUGGAUACAACAUAGGUGGUAAAGAUAUAAAUGAGUGUGAAGUUAUGAGCAAUCUGUGCAAAAAUGGACAAUGCAUCAAUACCAUUGGCUCCUUUAGGUGCCUUUGCCAGCUGGGCUAUGUCAUGGAUUUGACUGGGACUACUUGUGUGGAUAUGAACGAAUGUCUUCAGUCUCCAAAGCCAUGUAGUUUUAUCUGUAAGAAUAUAGAGGGCAACUACCUUUGUUCAUGCCCUCAUGGAUAUAUUUUGCAGGAUGAUGGGAAAACUUGCAGAGAUCUCGAUGAGUGUAAGACCAAACAACACAACUGCCAGUUCCUCUGUGUCAACACUAUUGGAGGCUUUACCUGUAAAUGUCCAUCUGGAUUUACUCAGCAUCACACAGCCUGUAUUGAUAACAAUGAAUGUGCGUCUCAGCCUUCACUCUGUGGAUCCAAAGGGAUUUGUCACAACAACCCAGGCAGCUUUCGUUGUGAGUGUCAACGAGGUUACUCUCUGGAUUCCAGCGGCCGCAAUUGUAAUGAUAUAGAUGAAUGCAAAAGCCAGCACAGAUGCAAACAUGGGUGUCAGAACACAGCAGGGGGGUACAGAUGUAGCUGUCCGCAGGGCUACAACCAGCACUACCAGUGGAACCAAUGUGUUGAUGAGAACGAGUGCGCUGAUCCAAAGAGGUGUGGAGCUGCCUUGUGCUACAAUACUCUAGGAAGCUACAGGUGCUCUUGUCGAUCUGGUUAUUCAUUUAAUGAGCUAACAGCUUCCUGCCAUGACAUUAAUGAAUGUGAAACUUUUAAGAAUCCCUGUAAUUAUGGAUGCUCAAAUACAGAAGGAGGGUAUAUGUGCAGUUGUCCACCUGGGUAUUACAGAGUGGGACAAGGUCACUGUGUUUCUUCAGUGGUGCUACACCAGGAUCAGUUCUUGACCCCAGUGGGUGAGGCCACUGAGGAAGAAGCCUUGUUUCUAGAAGCUUGCUAUGAAUGCAAGGUCAAGGAUCUCCCAAAGAAAGAUCUCAGAAGGAGAAGGAGUACUAAUGAAACAGAGCUCUUCAAGGAGGCACCGGUCAGCCUGGACAGCUUGGACAAUCAAGUACCACUCAGGUUACAUCUUAAUAUUUCCCACUUGAGUAGCAAGCAACACAUCAUGGAGUUUAUUCCUGCAACCGAGUCUCUCAACAACAAGGUUCAAUAUAGCAUUUCAUUGGGCAAUAAUGACAGCCUCUUUCGCAUCACCCAGCGUGCUGGCCUCAGCUAUCUGCACACAAGCAAGAAGAAGUUGUCUCCAGGAACCUAUAGGCUAGAGGUGAUAAGUGAGAACCAUCUAGAAGGACAGACAGACAGAAGUCUUCAUCUGCAAUUGCUCAUUGAACUGGAGUGAACAGCUCAUGGAACUCUCAGCCGAGAUACCUCUUAUUAAAGAAUAGAAAAGCAGGGUAUAAGAUGUAAGUCAAGCUCUAAAGGAGCUUCUGCUUGGUAACUGCUUAAGGACUUUUACUCAAGGUUUGUUUCUUUUCCCUUAAUGCCCUACCUAUUACUUAGUUCACUAUUGAUUGAAUUUAUACACAGCAUGAUUGUUCUGCAAAGGUCCCAGAGCCUCUCAGGGUAUCACUGCCAACUUGUCUUACCUGAUCUUGGCAUCAGAGCACAGGAUGUAACAAGCAGACAAAGCGCUAGAAUUCAUAUGGAGAGGAAUGCCCUUAGAGAUUUUAAUUUAUCACUCAGCAGCAUGCAAGGUGAUCACAUGUUGCUGCGUUUGUGAUACUUCCUUUGACAUAACUAAGAAAUAGUAUAUCAACAUAUUUAUUAAAAUUAAUCAAAAAAAGGAAUAGUCAGAUUAGAGCACACUGUUCACUUCACACAAAGACACACUUUACAUUUUGCUUUGCAGUUUGGAUGCAGAAGAAAAUUAAACAUUUUUCCUCUUUGUACAGCAGAAAGGUAACAGAUGACUCCUUAUUCUGUGCCACCAUAAGCUUAUGACCCAUGGCAUGUCAUUCACACUGCUAAUAAUGGUUUAUUAUGACUUUGCUGAAAUGGGAGGUUAUAGGAGAGGCCAAGUCGGGUGGCUGAAGAAUGCAGAGAGAGAAUAGCAGCUUACUGUAUGUGCUGCUCAGAGCGGGCAAGUCAGAGCGGUAUGAGAAGAACAAAUACAUUGCAUAAUUACCGUAUAGUAAACUCCUGUAUUUCGAGAAAAGCACAGGUGACAUGUGAGCAUUGGGCAUUCAUAAGGUUCAUGUGUGUUUUUAAGUACAUGUGAUUAUGCUGUUGACCAACUGAAUGUUCGGAUAUACUUUGGUUCUUUCUACCUUGUGCGUACCUCCUCAGGUUAAUCUGUACUGUAUUUCUCAUCAACAACAUCAAUACCUCAAACUUAGCUGGGUAACUGACUACACAGUAACUGGUGCUACAUGGCAUGGUGCUUCUAAAUAACAUUAAUGAGGGACCA